AUGCUCCGUCGGCAAACACGAGAACGGCGGGAAUACAUCUACAAGAAAUCACAGGAAACUCAAGAAAGAGCGAUUUACGAGAGGAAACAGAAGAUCAAAGAUCUACUGGCUCAAGGGAAACAACUACCGACGGAAUUAAGAAAAGAAGCUAGAACUUUGGGUGGUAAAGAUUUGGUUUUAGAUGAAGCUCAAGUUGACCCAUCAUCGCACAUCGAUGACGAGUAUGCCAAAGUUGGUACUUAUGAUCCCAAGAUCGUGAUCACAACUUCACGAUCACCUUCUUCUAGAUUACUUCAGUUUUCAAAGGAACUGCGAUUAAUAUUCCCAAAUUCCUAUCGGCUGAACAGAGGAAACACGGUAAUCAAAGAUCUAGUCUCAGCAUGUAAUUCACAAGGUGUAUCAGAUCUAGUUGUCAUACAUGAACAUAGAGGUGUACCUGAUGCUUUAAUCAUAUCACAUCUCCCUCACGGUCCAACACUAUCAAUGACUUUACAUAACGUCACUUUGAGACAUGACGUUUCAUCGAAUUCGAAUUCAACUGUAUCUGAACAAUACCCUCAUUUGAUUUUCGAUCAAUUUACAACUAAAUUAGGUGAAAGAAUUACUGGUAUUUUAAAAGCUUUGUUCCCCGUACCGAAAGAUGAUUCCAAAAGAAUAAUGACUUUUAGAAAUGAGAAUGAUUUCAUAUCUUUCAGACAUCACGUGUUUGCUAAAACUGGUCAUAAAGACGUUCAAUUAGCUGAAGUUGGACCUAGGUUUGAAGCCAAACCAUACGAGAUCCGCCAAGGUACAAUUGAUCAGACGGAAGCAGACGUCGAAUGGUUAUUGAGACCUUACUUGAGAACUGCUAAAAAGAGAAAUCAAAUGUAA